CCUUGUACGAGUGGGUGUUUGGUUUUGACAAUUAACAUAAUUUUUAUUUCUUAGUAAAUUUUUAGUUUCUCUUUUGCUUCAGUGCUUUGUAGUUUGUAAUUUGUGUCUCAAUGUUAUUUUAUUAAACUAUACACAGCAGCCAACUUAAAUAUUAAAGGCGAGGUGGCGGUUCAAUUAAAAUAUUUAUUGUAAUUAUAUUUUUUUUCCCAAGUUGUUAGUUACUGUUGUGCGAGUUACAAUGCUUGUCUCACAGUUUAAUUCACGAUCUUGGCACAAAGACAGUCGUCAAGCGAAGCCCUACUGCCAGUGCUGGAAUAAGAAAUCACCAGUAUCGUGGACUCAGUUAGGUGCUUGUGUAUGUGGCGAGGAAAAUGAUGUGAGUGAAUGGAAAUGGGAACAGCCAACAGAAACUGGAACUAGUUGGGUUGUGUUAAGUGAGGAUAAGAAGCAGGUGACAUUCCAUCCCUUCUACAGUUCCGGCACUGCUGCAGCUAAGGGUGAUACACCUUUGUUACUUAACCAGCACUAUUACUGGGAAAUCAAAAUACUGACUGACACAUAUGGCACAGAUAUUAUGGUUGGAGUAGGUACAAAUAAAGUCAACCCAACGAAUGUUCAAUUUGAAUUCACAUCUCUAUUGGGACAAGAUUCAGAGUCGUAUGGUCUAUCAUAUACGGGAGCUAUUAGACAUAAUGCAAUGAUCUCUAAGGAUUCAGUUGGAUUCUGUAAAGGCAGUAUUGUUGGAGUUCGAGUUGAUAUGUGGAGAGGAACUUUAGAAUUUUAUUUAAAUAGGAAAGCACAGGGAAUUUCAUUUUACAAUCUACGCCGUCACCAAGCACUAUAUCCAAUAAUCUGUUCCACCGCUGCACAAUCGUCCAUGCGCUUGAUAUAUGCAGCGUCAUGGCGCGCUUCAUUGCUCGUAGACUCGGCUAAGAUUCUCGCCUCAUCGAUAAAACGGGAAACGAUACCACCUGGAUUACGAUAUAUGGUCGGAUCACAGUUCUGGUUGACUCUGCCUACGGGUGAUGGUUCUGAUGUAAGUGAUGAUGAAGAGCAGUCAAGUUCCGUUGAGAAGGGACAAGUCAAGUGGGAGCCAAAUGUGACCCUGUCAUCCGGCAUGAAAAGGCAUCAUUGGCAGACAGAACCACUCAAAGCUAUUGCGCUACGAACCAGCAAUUGACGAUACAUUGUUAAAAAUAGAUUGCUUUAAACAAACGCAAGCAAUACAUUUUAUAUAGAGACAUCGUAUUAUUUAUAUAUAACUAACGUGAAUAUGAGCUAUUUACCACAUAUUUGACAGUAAAACUUUUGAAAAUACAUGAAAAAGUUUAGAUGACUGUAUUUAUUUACUUUUCGAUAUCUGAUCAGUCUGUAAAUUGGAUGUAAUUAUUUAGAUCAAUGUAACAGUAACAAAUAUAUAUUUUAAUAUAAAGACGAAACCUUGGGAGGUUUUAGUAAUGUAAGGAAGACUAAUGCACGAAUACACAAGCUCCAAGGGGCAUCCAAAUGUAACAGUUAAAAGACUUUAAAGACGCUGCUUAGUUGUAUAGUAAUACAGAUUUCUGAUUGACUCAAUUUGUGAUUUCACCUAACAACAAAACAUUCGAUGUAACUAUAUCCAUAUCCGGUGUUAAGUUAUUGUAAUCGAUGUUGUUACAGCUUACUAGAUAAAUAUACUGUUUUAUGAGGUAAUUACGAAUGAAUUUUGUGUGUUCGGACAUAUUACGUAAACUAGUUUUAAGGAAUAAAGUCUGUGAUAUAA